CUGCCGCCGCCGCCGCCUCCAACGCGAUGGCCAUCAACUUCUCGGCGUCGUUCGCGGCGUGCCUGGCCGCAGGACUUAAAGUGCCCAGGCAGAUCAUGUACUGCAUAUCCCAAGGUUACCAAUUUAGUGACGUACCAG